GAUUGCCAUACGCAUGGAACAUCUGCCCAGAGGGACUGUCCACCUAACCAUCCUAAUUGCCAAUGGUGGUGAAAUACAGCAAACUGACGGUCUAGUGAAAUGCGCACAUGCAGCGCGGAGGAAAUUCCAUUGGAUUCACCACUGACAUGCAACUCUGAACUCAAAUCAGGUUUACGCACUUCCGGUGUAAAAAUUGGAUCGAUUCCCAAGCGGAGUAGGGCGAAGUCAGUGAGACAAAAAGCUACCAAAUGGUUCGCGUCCCAUCACAUUGAGGAACGCAAUGGAAGCCAUCACGUCGUGCAGAAUCCCGGAAGCAAAGAUCAAGCGGUGAAUAAUGGGAAACAAGAGACGCCGAGCACAGAACAGUUGUUACUCGGUGAAUUCAUGCUACAACGGCGCAUCAGCUCAAAACGUGCUCGCUUGAAUGUCGGAGGCGAAAAUCAUGAAGUCAUGUGGAGUACGCUUGGGGUGCUUCCAAAAUCCCGAUUAGGACGCUUGUAUUUGUCUAACUGUCCAGCUGAGAUGAUUCAUCUGUGCGACGAUUAUGUCGCCGAUAAGAAUGAGUAUUACUUUGACAGAUCCGCUCGAUCAUUUGGAGCGAUUCUUGGUCUUUACCGAACGGGCCACCUUCACAUUUUGGACGACGUAUGUGUUAUUGCCCUGAAGGAUGAUUUGGAUUAUUGGGGAAUCAGCGAGCAUUCUUUGGACGCCUGUUGUAUGCAGCGAUAUUAUCGCAGAAAGGAGCAAAUGGAUGAUGAAAUAAAGAAGACCUAUGAAAUUUCUUUGCAACAGGUCCGUGAAGAACAAUUUGGUGUUGGGCGGUGCGCUAACAUACAACGUCGUGUAUGGGAUUUAUUGGAGAAGCCUCAAACUUCGAUGGCCGCAAGGGUUUUCGCCGUCAUUUCAAUCAUCUUCAUUGUACUGUCCAUUCUGGGACUGAACUUGAGUACUCUGCCUGAACUGCGUGGGAACAUCACCAGCCCCAACAUCACUGCUCGUUCCCGCAUGGAUGGUCAGCACACUUUGGAUCCAAGUUUGGAAAUACUUGAGCUCGUCUGUACAAUUUGGUUCACACUGGAGUAUGUGGUUCGAUUUUGCGUUGCCCCAAACAAAUGUGAAUUUGCCAAAAGCUUCAUGAAUCUCAUCGACGUCGUUGCAAUUCUGCCAUUUUACUUUUCCAAGAUUUUCGAAUUCUGGCUCGAUUCCACCGUGGACUCUUUGGUUUCAGUUCGCAAGGUUGUACAAAUGUUUCGUAUCUUACGAAUUCUGCGCGUAUUCAAACUGGCUCGACAUUCACAAGGAUUGCAAGCCCUUGGAUACACAGUAGCGCAGUCCUACAAAGAACUUGGGUUACUGAUGAUGUUUGUAGUUCUGGUCGUCCUCUUGUUCUCCAGUCUGGCGUACUUUGCUGAAAAGGAUGAGAACCCCGAUAUGUUCAGCAGCAUCCCGGCGACCUUCUGGUGGUCCAUUAUUACAAUGACCACAGUGGGAUAUGGGGACAUCACUCCGAAGACAGCACUGGGGAAACUCAUAGGUUCUGUAUGUUGUAUUUGUGGUGUACUGGUGGUGGGAUUACCAAUCCCCAUCAUUGUGAAUAAUUUUGCUGCUUUCUACCAAGAUCAAGCCCGUCGGGAAAAAUUGUUCAGGCAGAAGGAGUCGGCUGAAAUGCACUCGCGAAUGUCGAGCAGAAAUUACACACGAAAGUCUAGCGCUUGUUUUGGCGUACCAGGACACACAGAAUGUCCCCUUGGUUGUGAUGCAACACAUAUACCUGGUACUAAUGAACAGCUGAAUUCAGGAACCGUACAAAAUCAUUCAGGCAACCCUGUGGUAACUUUGGACCACACAGUUCAGCAAACUGACAUCAGUCUCCAGUUUGGGGAUGCAGACUCACCGCGAACAAAUUGAUACCCAUUAGGUAUUGCAACUGAAUUGAUGUUUAGAUUCAUGCAAAUCAAGCGUCAGUGUGUAAUUCGAUAGGUCAUAUGUACAGUUGCUGUGUGCACAUUGUGUGGACCCCCAGUUUUGUCCCAAAACUACGAACCAUGCUUUUCGCACUUUUAGCCCCCCUGAUAAAUGGACGCUUGGCAUUGCUAGUGAAAACACAUCACGUGCCUGUACAUAAUGAAAUAGAUACCAUUUUUCAUCU